CUAGUAAACUCUACCAAUGCCGUCGCCAAUCUAUGGCUGUCGCAUUGCAUGUCGCAUGUUCGUUGACGUUAGUGCGCGACCUUCGGUUCGUUGUUGAACUGGUGUUGUUUUUAUAGUAAAGAACGAUGAAAAGACAGAGCCCUGGCAAUAGAACUGAUGCAAACGAGGAUGAGCCCUGCAACUGGAAAAAAUGGCGUGUAGAGAAAAAGCAGCAACUUCUCAAAUGGAGGGAGGAAAGACUCAUCAAAAAGCUCGAGAAGGACAAGAAGGUGAAGGAAUCCCAAGAUCAGCUGGCCUCGUCGGAUUCUGAAUCGAAAGGCCGGAAAUACACCGUCAGCAUAGCAGUUCCGGGUUCCAUUAUGGACAAUGCUCAAAAUGCGGAAUUGCGUACUUACUUGGCAGGCCAGAUUGCAAGGGCUGCAGUUGUUUUUUGUGUGGAUGAAAUCAUUGUCUAUGAUGAUGAUGGCUCAACUACACGUGGUAAGAAUGGGGCCACUGUGGAUGGAGAAUUCGGUGGCCUUGCAAAGUCUGGUCAAGGGGUGGUGCAGUUGGCACGUGUGCUACAGUACCUCGAGUGCCCGCAGUACCUCCGCAAGCACCUCUUUCCCCUGCAUCGUGACCUGCAGUUUGCAGGGUUGCUCAACCCACUGGACUGCCCACACCACCUGCGCGCCACUGAGGAGAGUGCCUACCGUGAAGGAAUUGUGGCACGGCUGCCUGUUAAAGAAGGCAGUGGGUCUUAUGUCAACUGUGGGCUUGGCAAAGAGGUGAAGAUAGAUCGCUGUCUGCAACAAGGAGUGCGAGUUACUGUGAAAAUGAAAGAAGGGGUCCCUGGCAAAAAGCUGCGAGGUGUUGCUGUGUCACCAUCAUGUCCUCGAACAGAGGCAGGCCUCUACUGGGGCUAUGAAGUUAGGGUAGCCCGUAGUCUUGGUGCAGUCCUGGCUGAGUGUCCUUUUCCAGGUGGCUAUGACGUUACCCUGGGUACUUCGGAGCGAGGGUCACCUGUGGAUGAGCUCCAGUUGCCUCAUAGAUUUGAACAUGCACUUGUUGUGUUUGGAGGUCUCAAGGGCCUGGAGGCAGCUCUUGAAGUGGAUGAAGCUCUGGAUGUUGAAGACCCUGAAUAUUUAUUCAACUACUACCUCAACACCUGCCCUAACCAAGGAUCGAGAACAAUUAGGACAGAGGAGGCCAUCCUCAUCUCACUCUCCGCUUUACGACCCAAGAUUGUGGCUGCACAAAGUUGUGACAGCGCUGUGGAUUCCUCCUGAGGCAGCAGUCGUUUGGUGGUGCACUUUCCAUGAUCUAGGUGCUGCUACAGUUCUGCAAACAACUGAUUUUGUACACUGCAUAAAGAAAUUGAUUCUUCUGUAAUUUAGAAGUGUCUGCUCUUGCCCAUUGUAUGAAAUCUGAAGGCUGCAGUGCCCUGCCGGCACGUUCACGAAACGGUGAUAAUCUGAUUGCUUUAUACUUGGAGAAUAAAUUGACAUUUUAUUUA